CAAAGAGAAGACGUUUUCUUCUCUAGUUUAUUCGCCUGAAUUGAAGAAGCUGAUGAAUCGGUUACAGAAGAAGAAUAAGACAAGAAGAUGUAUAUAAAUCGAGGAGAAGUUAUCAGGAAAUGAGUUAAAAUUAUUACUAUCAAUUGAGAAAUUCUGAAAUUAAGAAAUUGAGGAUAAAGAUGUGGGAUUUGUUUCUUCCAAGAACAUUUAGAUGUGAUGCUGUUGAAUCGAGAAGAAGUAAAGGAGGUUGAAGGGUUUUGAAUCGAGAAAUAGAAAACAUGAAAAGCAAGUUGUCCCUGAUUUCGAGUUUGGCAAGUUCUGAUGCCAAGAAGAUUAACCAAGGAAGAGUGUUAUACUGUUGAUUGUGGCUGGUGAAUAGAGAAGAGUUAUGAGUGCUUCUGGUCCUGGAUUGAUAAAUAAAAAUGGGUUGGUGGUGAAUUUGAUUUUGGUUCGGUUUUGAAUUGUGUGUUGCCGUGAAAGCAACCAUCAAGUGGCACCCUUGUCAAGGGAGAUGGUCAUACGCAGGUCGCUAGUAGUUGUUCUUGACACUAACAAGUGGGUGUGCAAAUUGAGUGAAUGAACGUGUAUUCUUGUUUUAGAAGCAAAAUUUUCAGGGAAGGAGAAACCGUGGGUUUGAAUCACCCGUAAGCUCAUAUUUGCAAUAGAACACACACAACGUGUUCGCUAAAAUGCAUGAAUGACCUGCUACUACAAAUUUGUCAUGAACAUCUUCUUCUUUUUGUUUGAUUUUCCUCAUUCUUCUUGCAAAUCAACAACAACAACUUGCUUUCCCAGCUAAACUCUUGCCCAAAUCUACACUGUUUAUCUUGUAAUUGCUUUGGUUUAACUAGUUUCAUUUGCAACUGUCAGGAUAUUGGAUAUUGGUGCUUGUGGUCCCGAGGUGAUGGUGGUACUGUUUGUGGCAGAGUUUGUGGUUGUGUUAACGGAUUGCCUGUUUAGAUCGGCAAAAUGGUUUCGUUCGAGAUGAAUGACAGAAAAAAGAUCGGGCUUGGAUUGACGGGGUUCGGCAUUUUUUUUUCAUUUCUGGGAAUCGUAUUUUUCUUUGACAAGGGACUUCUAGCCAUGGGAAAUAUCCUCUUCUUGUCAGGGGUGAUGCUGACCAUUGGACUGAAAUCUACCAUGCAAUUCUUCAUGAAACGACAGAAUUACAAGGGUACAAUCUCUUUUGGUGUUGGCUUCUUCUUUGUUCUCAUUGGAUGGCCAGUCAUUGGUAUGAUCUUGGAGGCAUAUGGAUUUAUUGUCCUUUUCAGUGGGUUUUGGCCAACACUCGCGGUGUUUCUACAAAGGAUACCCAUUCUUGGCUGGAUAUUCCAACAACCGUUUGUGACAUCGUUCAUGGAUAAGUACAGAGGCAAGAGAGUUCCUGUCUAAGCAUGCCGAACCAUUAUCAAUGUAAAGAGGUCUUUCCUUUUGACGGCCAUGUACAAAUACUGUCUGACCCAGUCGCAAUGUCAUGAAUUCUUUAGCAUUGUUACUGGUGAAAAUGUUUGAUCGCUGAUGAUAUGACCUACAUGUGUAUAAAACCAUGUUUUGUUAUGCUUCACCUGGUUACCACUUUCACAUUUGUUGAUAUCUUCUGAGCCAGUUAAUUUGAAAUUGGACAGCAUCAAUGGCAUUUUCCAUUGCAUUAAUUUU